AUGCGUUUGGUUGACGAUGACUCUCCGCCACCCCCGGAUAGGACGGGACCUGCGGUGGACUGCCAACCACGGCUUCACGUGGGGGAAUGUGAUGACAGAAGCCUCCGUGGAACCAACCCGCCUCCCCGAGUUCGCCUGCUGCCCUAUGGUGCCUACACGUACGUGCAAAUUCGCCGCCCGCUAGUGAGACCUUGCAAGCCUGGUCCCCGGCGAAUGGGAACGAGAUACCGACCAUCCGGAAUGGAGGCCCAGUUUAAUCCCACGCUGUGUCUUUCGGGGAUGCCUUGGCUGCUUACCACCCGUGUCUAA